AUGACUGUGGAGUGCUGGCUGCAUGGCAUCCAUGUCUUGGAGUAUCGAAAAGACGCUGUCCGCCGUGGCCAGCGGGGAGUCAAAGCAUGGACCUCAGGCUCUGACCCACUUCCCGCAGAUGGCGUGGCGCGGCGGAAUGCCCUGGAACAUCUCGUGCAACGUGUCGCCGAAGCUCAUCCACCGUCUAUGCAACAGGACCUUGGUGAGUGGAGCAACGACUUGCAAGGUUUGCGCAGGAACAGCACAGCACAGCAGCUUUUUUUGUGCAAAGACUGCAUCGAGUGGAGGGCAUCCAGGCCUCACGUGCUGGCUGCGUUGCUUCUGGCCGACGUCCACUGGGCGCCUGUCAAGCCCAGGCACGGUCUUGGUCAGAAUGAUCCCAGCCACAUCGUUUUGGUGGCACCACGUUUCACCAAGUCCGUCCACCGGACCUCCAGGAACGGCGUGCAGGUAUGGUUCUUGUGCGUCAAAGGCGCUACCAGUACGGUUCUGCAGCACUUCCUUUUUCAACUGGGUCGACGUGGUGCCUUGCGUUGGGAGCUUCCGGACAGCUUUAAGAUCUCGCGAGACUGCCAAGGACAAGGUGGUCAAGGAGCUGUUUUUUCGGGCAUUACACUGCUGCCAACAGAAGCUGAUGGCAUCAACGUCUUGCAGGACGCAAAGGACUUUAUGCAACUUCAGCAUGUCCACGACUUCGCGGCGGUGGCAGCAAAAGUCUGGACCAAAGCGAGCCACGACGAUGUAGUCAAAAAGGAAGCUCAGUUCAUGCAAGCGGCCGCUGGUCAUCCGAACGUUAGCACCCUCUUGGGGAUUUUUGCAGCUUCCGUCCGAGGCUCGGAGGAAGCCCGUCCAGAGAUCCGUUGGGUGAUGGUCAUGGAGCUCUACUCAGGGGGCGAUGUGCACGAACAUGCAACCUCCUCGAAGAUCAACAGGCAAAGCCUGACCGAAAUCAUCCUGGGCACUACUGCAGCUCUCACGCACCUGCAUGCCCUGAAGAUCGUGCAUCGAGAUGUGAAGGCCGAGAACAUCGUUGUCCGGGACGACCACUGCGUCCUAAUUGACUAUGGGAUCGCAGCUUAUGUUCACGACACCCGGGCCAUGCGGGAAUGCGUGGGCUCACCAGGCUACGCCGCGCCCGAGGUCGUGACUGGGUCGGAGUACAACGAGAAGGUGGACAUCUUUUCGCUGGGUGUUCUUCUGCAUUUCCUUAUCUUCAAGACGCUUCCGUUCCGGGGAGCCGGCACCAAGGAAAUUUUGGAAGAGACUGCUCGAUGUAUUCUGCGACUGCCCUCGCUGCCCACAGACGAAGUGUUCCUCAAGUACGUCGAUAUGAUGAAAAUGCUUCUUGAGAAGAGGCCGAAGGAUCGACCAUCCGCGUUGGAAUGCUUUCACCUCACCAAAGACAUCAUCGGUCCUUGUUGUGAGGCAUGGCCGGCUUUUCAGAUUUCCAUGGCCGCCAUGGUGAAGCAAGGCGCUGUGAAGGAUCCUCAAGAUCCCCGGAUCAACCACUUCAUGCAUGGCUCCGAAACCGGAGGACCUGUUCAGCCUGCGCAGCAUUCGGAUAUGAGCAGUGUGACGCGGGUUCUACAAAGCGUUGCUAGGAGAGCACACGACAGCUCCACCCACCUCGUUCUCAGGAUUUCCACGAAUGUGGCCCGAGGAAUGCGGCACGUUCCGGAGGUCUUCCGAAACGUCGGCAACAGCAUCCAGAUGAGCCCCGUUGUUAGCGAGAGCCUGCGUCUCCGGUCCAGGAUCUUCUCCAACGCUUCGAGCCAAAGAUCCUCCACCGAGCGCUCCGUGGACAGUGUCGUGGCAGGGGCAGUGCAGUCAGAUGUGCAGGUGGUCCGACACAGCCAGUCAGAGGUGGUCGAUCGCCGUCGCAGUGGCAGUGGAAGUGACACUCCGGCUUCGAGGGCGGCCCCGCGCCGACGAGCUUCUUCGGCAGCGGAAGCCUCCUCCCCGGCGGCCGUGGCGAGCUUGGUGCCCGAACGGCGGGCGCUCGAGCGAUCGGCAUCCUCCUCGGAGGACUCUGUCCGAAUUGGACAUGACGGCCCAUCACCUCCGCAGCUGGAAUAUGAGCUGAUAAACUCACCGAUGAACUCGCCAGAGGGUUCCGUGGAGGUUAUGCACUAUUCGCAGCAAGAGGGCGCUGUUCCCCUUCCAAGAGAAAUACCUAGCAUGCUGGAGCCGCACCAAUCUGAGGCUCAUUCCCAGAUCGUUCGUUCAGCACCACCACCUGCACGAUCGCCACAGGGAGCUGAUUGUGUGGCACGUCUCAGUGAUCCGGUAUACCCGGCGCCGCCAGCAUCGCCUUCCUCGUCGACUUCAAAGCGUGGUCGGAAGAGCACCACGAGCGCGAGGUCGAUGUCCCGCGGCCUGGUAGACGGCGUGCGACGUUCCCUCUCGGCGGUCAGCAGAGUGUUCAGGAAAAGCCUGUCAUCUUUGCCGCCCAUCGCAGCUGCUGAGAUGCAGGAGCAUGGUUCAGGCGAGCCGGAGGUCAUGCCGAGGCGGGCAACGGAUGGAGCGACAUACCCCGCACAGGCACCAACCACACCGACGUCUUCGGCCUAUCACCCCCGAGCCAGCCUGGAGGUACCAGCCCCAGCGCCAGCCAGUCAGCAGGCACCCUCGCCGCCUUUGCGACCCCGUCACAGGGCGGCUCCACCGGCAUGUCGUAAUCGGAAUAUGCGUCCAGCAGGAAGUCCUCAGCCAAGCGCCGAUUGA